AUGUCACCCUUUAUGCGCGAAGCUUCUGCAGGAAAGCUGGAUGUCGACGAUCUCCUCUCACGGUUAUCUGUGGAUGAGAAAGACUUCUGGCACACGACACCUCUCCCUCGCCACGGCAUUCCCUCCAUCCGUGUCACCGAUGGGCCCAAUGGCGUUCGCGGGACGAGAAUCUUCGGCAGCGUCCCUUCCUCAUGUCUUCCAUGCGGAACUGCUCUCGGCGCUACAUUCGAUACCGAUCUCAUGGCCGAGUUGGGCCAUCUCCAAGGUCAAGAGGCCAAGGCAAAGGGAGCAGUCGCCGUGCUUGGUCCGACGCUCAACAUUCAACGAGGCCCGCUGGGUGGCCGUGGCUUUGAAUCCUUCUCAGAAGAUCCGGUACUGUCCGGCCUCUUGGCCGGCUCUUACGCCCACGGGCUGCAACAAGAGAAUGUCGCUGCUACGUUGAAACACUUUGUUUGCAAUGACAUGGAACACGAGCGUAUGGCAUAUAAUGCCAUUGUUACACCCCGUGCCCUGCGUGAGAUCUACUUGCUCCCAUUUAUGCUUGCGAUUUCCAUCGGAAACCCUAGGGCUAUUAUGACGGCGUACAACAAGGUCAAUGGCACACACGUGGCCGAGAGCAGAGAACUGUUGCAAAAAGUUUUGAGGGGUGAAUGGAAGUUUGAUGGGCUCGUCAUGAGCGAUUGGUUCGGUACCUAUAGCACGACAAGUUCCGUCCAAGCCGGCCUCGACCUGGAGAUGCCCGGCCCUACUCGUUGGAGAGGCGUGACGUUGUCCCAUGCCGUCAUGGCAAACAAGGUCACUAUAGACCAACUUGACGAUCGUGUUAGGAAUGUCCUCAACUUCAUAAACUACUCCGAAGCCUCCGGCGUUCCGGAAAACGCACCUGAGACGGAGCUCAACCGCCCUCAAGACCAAGCUCUGCUGCGACGGGCGGCUUCCGAGUCAAUUGUCCUCCUCAAGAAUGAGGAUUGUGUCUUGCCGUUCUCAAAAUCGAAGACGACGGCCGUCAUUGGACCCAAUGCCAAAAUUGCCCGUUUCUGCGGAGGUGGAAGCGCAUCACUCCUGCCAUACUACAGUGUUUCCCCGUACGAGGGCGUCGCCAAGCAGUGCGAGAAGACGAGCUUUGCGCAAGGCUCCGCAGACCAUCAAAUGCUUCCCCAACUGGGCGAUAGACUCAGAACCGAAAAAGGGCAACGAGGUUUUCUGUGGAGAGCAUACAACGAGCCUGUCACGGUCGCCAGUCGGAAGCCAGUCGACGAGCGAGUUCUUAUAGAUUCAAACAUGUUCUUCAUGGAUUACGAGAACGAGCGUCUGGCUCCGGUAUGGUACUGCCAGGCCGAGGGUAUCUUCCGCCCCGACGAGAGCGGUCUAUAUGACUUUGGCCUGGGGGUUGAAGGCACAGCCAAGCUGUAUGUCGACGAUGCGCUGCUGAUCAGUAACUUCGAGAAUCAGACGCCCGGACCGACCCUGUUUGGUUCCGGCACGAUUGAGGAAAGGGGCAGCGCGGAGCUCGUUGCUGGCCGAGACUAUCGUAUUCGAGUCGAAUGGGGCUGUGCGAAAACGAGCAAACUACCUCCUUCCGGCCCCGUUGGUGGAAGACACGGUGGACUUAUUUUCGGGGCCUACAGGCGAAUGGACCCAGAUCAAGCCAUCAAAGAGGCUGCCGAGUUGGCCAAGACAGUUGACCAAGUUGUCCUCGUGGUUGGCCUAAGCGGCGAGUGGGAGUCGGAGGGUACAGACCGCACCACGAUGGACAUGAGCGCCAAGACCAAUACUCUCGUCUCGGAAGUUCUUGCUGCGAAUCCCAACACCGCCGUCAUUGUACAGUCCGGUACUCCCGUCACCAUGCCGUGGAUUGACAAUGCCAAGGCGGUUUGCCAUGCUUGGUAUGGUGGAAACGAGACAGGCAAUGGGAUCGCAGAUGUGCUGUUCGGCGACGUGAACCCGUGCGGCAAGCUACCUCUCACAAUCCCUCGCCGGCUACAGGAUAACCCCACAUACUUCAACUUCCGUUCCGAAGCAGGACGCGUGCUUUACGGCGAGGAUGUCUACGUUGGCUAUCGAUAUUACGAAAAGAUCGACUCCAAACCCCUGUUCCCGUUCGGACAUGGCCUUUCGUACUCAACCUUUGAGCUGGAAAAUCUGCAGGUCGCGAAUAAUGGCAAGGCCGAGGUCUCGCUGCGAGUCUCGAACAGGGGCUUAAGUGCUGGUGCCCAAGUUGUGCAGGUCUAUGUCGCACCAUCGGCGACGACGUCGAUUCAACGCCCCGUCAAAGAGCUCAAGGCAUUCCGCAAGAUCUACCUGGAGGCGCAGGAAGGUAGGGAGGUCUCGAUCGAAUUUGAUGCAGUGCUUUCCACGAGCUACUGGGACGAAGGCCGCGAUAAGUGGUGCAGCGAAGCUGGCGAUUACAAGGUCAUGGUGGGCUUCAGCAGUGCAGAUACGCCACUGGAGGCCUCUUUCAGGAUGAGCAAGACGAAGUACUGGAAAGGUAUUGCGCCAUGA